AUGACUAGCCUAGUUGAUGUUGCUACACUUGCAAAGGAACUUAAAAUGGAACAAGCUUAUGCUUUCCUCACUGGCCUUAAUCCAGAAUAUGAUCAGAUACGCAUUCAACGUUGGAAGGAGGAGGCUAUUGCUGACCCAAAAUGGAAGAAUGCUAUGGUAGAAAAAAUGCAAGCCUUGAAGAAGAAUGAUACUUGGGAGCUUGUACCUUCUCCUAAUGGAAAGAAACCAGUCGAAUGCAAAUGGGUGUUCACAAUAAAACAAAAUGUAGAUGGGAUCAUUGCUCGUUAUAAGGCCAGAUUAGUUGCCAAGGGGUUCACACAGAUCUAUGGCAUCAAUUACUAG